GCUGCAGGGGGCAGCAGAGUGUUUGGCGAACCCCAAAGUGCCGUGGCGAAGAAGGCAAGAAGAAAAAAGGGACGAGGCGCCGCCAUGAUGUCGUGUGUUUUCUGAAGAGUGUUUAAAAUGACAAAGUUAGCGAAGAGAAAGCUAACGAGCAUCUGGGUGUGAGUCGGCCAUGUCGUGCACAUGGGUCUGCACAGCGCGCCGCCAUCUGGCCUCGGGGAAGAAGCGGAGCCGCUUGUCUGCCUCUGCGUGUCUGGGCCUGGCAGCCCAGGUGCAAGCUGUAGAUUUAGGGCUGAAACCUGCGCUGCUGUACGACACCAACUGUGCCAGUCCAGAUCAGGUGCGGCGCUACCUGUGCGACCUGCAGGAGGCGGAGUUUGUGGGCAGAGAGCUACAUCUGCUGGUAAUUGAUGAUAGUGUUCUUAUCGUGAACCAGAAGCUGAGCAUCAUGCGCUUGGAGGAGCUGCUCCUCAACAGAACAUCAGUCACUGUGGUCGACGUGGGGCAGCACCAGGUUCGGCCCACGGUCGUGGACUUGGACUCCACUGGGAUGGACAAGGUGGUGCAGAGCAUCCUGGGUAACUUCAGAGCGCUGGCCCAGAGUUCUCAGUUUGACGCACCACUGGUGCGCACGCUUGAUGUUCAGCUUUUCGAUGGUUGGAACCUUUGCUCCCUGUUUGGGCUCCUGCUGGGCUACCCUGUUACGUAUUGGUUCGAUCCGCGACGCGACUCCACCAAUUGCCUGGGCAUGGUACCGCUGCAGGUGAUGCGCGCUAGUGCCCUCUGUGCGGCAGUCUCUGGGAGCGACAAGUGCUGUCUGUAUUCCUUCAGCGUCCCAGAAGGCCUUGUGUCAGAGACCCAGACUGCACGAGACCUCUGGGCCAAGAGGCUUCGCAACGAGUUUCAGCGCCAGUCGGCUUUUGCUGGGCUCAGCGUCUCCACGGAAACGGUGUGCUUGCCAAGCGUGGUGCUGUGACGGUUGGAGGCUGAACAUGGGCGUGGCCUCGUUUACAUGUUACUUGUCACAGGGUCAUGGGUACUAGCUGAGCACUUUCUGAAGCAAAGGAUUACAUGCAGGGCUUGAUGUUAAUGUUUUGGCUCACCGGCCACUGUGGCUAGUGAUUUUCCAAAGUCACUAGCCAAAAUGCCCCUCCCCCCACACAUAAAUAAAAGGUAACUGG